AUCUUUUCACGGCCACUUCUACCCUCUUAAGAGCUUCAGCAUUUCUUCGUCGGGGGUUGCACGGAAGUGCAGAACUCCUCCCCUCUCUUCUUCUUCGUCAUCUUCAUCGUCUUCUUCUUCUCCUCUCUCUGUGCCUGCGCGUGUACAGCUGAGCUGGUUUUGAUCGCCCGCGAACAGUUGUACGAAGGAGAAGAAGCAGUGGAAACUGAUGUCCUGUCUCUCGUCUUGCCCGACUUUGUUCUUGCUGUGUCCAACAGAUAUUUGAACUCUGCUGGGGAGGAGAACCCCUUAAAUACGCUGUUGGGAUUUGCUUCUGGGGAAUCCAUCUCAUCAUUUGCUGGGAAAUUUGGAUCUUUCCCCGAGAACCAUGAAACCAGAACAGAAGAGGUUGUUCGUAAUUAUAGGGGUGAAACUCAUACUGAAGAAGUAUUUUGAGAAGCGUAGGAUCAAGGAAAUAAAUAUUGCAUUUACAGAGAGUGGAGCUGAGUAUGUGAAGAGGCUUAUGUUAAGCAACUCAAACAUGUGUGAAGAACUUAUGAGAGUGAAUGGGCAAGUGUUUCUAAACAUGUGUGCUUUAUUCAGAGAAAAGGGUUGGCUUCAAGAUAGCCGGUAUAUAAGCGUCGAAGAAAAGAUGGCAACGUUUAUGUUCACACUGAACCAUAACUUAAGAAGCCAUUUUGUGAAGCAAAGGUUUAAACACUCUAGUCAAAUGAUGUCCAAGUAUUUUCAUGAUGUAUUGCGGGCUAUGCUACACUUUUCAAAGGAGAUGAUUAUGCCACCUUCUUUUGAUGAAGAUUCCUUACAAUUUCAGACCCAUACACAACUAAGACAAGUAUUCAAGGGAGCUGUGGGAGCACUUGAUGGAAUCUUGGUAAAUGCAUACAUACCUAGAGACAGUCAAAUUUCAUAUUUGCCAAGAGGAGGGAGAGUAUGUUGUCAAAAUGUACUCGCGAUUUGUGAUUUUAAUAUGAUUUUUACAUUUGUGUGGGCUGGAUGGGAAGGAGCUGCACAUGAUUCUCAAGUAUUAAUGGAGACCAUGAGUAAUCCAGAGAAUAACUUUCCACUUCCUCCGUCAGAUAAAUAUUACUUGUGUGAUGAUGCAUAUAUGCAUACACGUGGAUUUAUGACACCCUAUCGUAAUGCACGUUAUUGGCUACCUGACUUUCGGGAUGGUCCUCAUCCUACAACUAAAGAGGAGAAAUUUAAUUAUGCACAUGCAAAAUUGAGAAAUGUUAUCGAACGAGCAUUUGGGGUAUUGAAAGCACGUUUUCCAAUUUUGAAGACAAUGCCACCUUAUGACUUUCCAACACAAAGGAAUAUCGUUAUCGCAUGUGUAGCAAUACAUAACUUUAUUCGAAGAUCAGCUAUUAUGGAUAAAUUGUUUGAACAAUAUGAGGAUGAAGAUGUUCGUUUAGAAUAUGACAACAUCCAGACUCAAGAUAUGCCGGUUACUAAUGAGGAAACUACACCAUUCGAUCAAACCUUCAUGUACAAUUUACGAGACCAAAUUGCUAGUGAAUUAGUUGUGUUAUAACUUAAAUAUUUCCUAUGUUUUUGUAUUUUUGAACAUUUUUUUUUGGUAAAGUGGAACUU